AGCCUUUGGCCAGAUCGAGGGAAAUAGCCUCGACAGCUUCACCAGUGUUCCACCUGUGGACACAGUUCCUCAAACUUCCUUCGCUCCAAAUUGUCGCUUCUUUUUGCCAUCGGCCAUGCCGAUAUUUUUGCUUGUGGUAGCGGCUGCAACAGCGGUAGCAAGAGGCUCCUUGCUUUGCCCAGCUACAUGCACAGCAACCGUGGAUGGAUCAUCAUGGCCAUGCAGAUACUACCAGAACGACUGCAAAGUUAAUAUUACAAGCCUAGACCCUUCUCGUGUUGUGGACCUCAACGUGGCAGUGAUCAACCCGUACGUCGGAGGACUUGGAGAUCUCAUGUCACAAGUUGAGCCAGCCAUCGCUAUGGCAGUCCAGGACAUCGAAGACAGUUCCUUUCUGCCAGGCUAUCGCCUCAAUGCUCAUCUUGCAGACUCGAAGUGUUCAGUGCCAGAGGCCACGCGGGCAGCCGUGGCCGCUAUGACCACCGGGGUCACUAAGCACGUGGUGCUCAGCGACUCCUGUAGCGCCGCCUGCGAGGCCGUCAACGAUGCCCUCCGACACUUCAAUGUCCUCCAGGUGGGUCCUGGCUGCAUAUCAGUGAGCUUGAGCGACAGCGAACGGUAUCCCUACUUCACCCGCAUGGCACCCUCAUUCCGCUUCAACGUGAUUUCUCUAUACGACCUCUUCAGAUACCUGGGCUUUCAUCGGGUUGGCACCAUCUAUGGCUACCGGAGCAUCAACAAUCUUGCCAAAGAUUUGUUCAUUGAGAUGAUGGCUAGCGACAAUGCGGCAGGAAACUAUUCCUGGACGCACUUGUACUCGCAUCGAGUGGAGUUCAUUGAGGAUGCCACAGCUGCAGUGGAGAAAGCAGCCAGCAAGGAUUCAAGGAUCAAUUUUGUGGCUCUUUAUGAAGCUGAGGGCUCGAUGCUUCUAUGCCAGGCCUAUAAGAAGAACCUCUUGACACCUGAUUUCAACUGGUUUGUGGCAGCAGGAUGGUGGAACCAGAACUACAUUUUGCUCAACGCGAAUACCGCGAACAGUCCGUGUACAGCUGACGAGCUACAUCGAGCAUCGUAUGGUAUCAUUGCAAGUGACCGAGGGCCAAUGCUCAAUACACCACAGUUUCACUCACUCUCCGGAAGGAGGCUCGAUGAUCUUUACAGCGAGUAUACUAAUGAGUGCGAGUCCUUCGCGAAUGGCAACGGAGUUUGCAACUACCAGUGGGCUGGCUAUUUCUAUGAUGGAAUGUGGCUCAUUGCAUCUGUUUUGCACAGUUUCUUGAUCAACCAGAACAGGUCCAUCAAUGAAUUCGGCACCGAGCAGUCGGUGCAAUCUCUCAAUGCGCUGUCUGAGCAGGUGGAUUUCAAUGGUCAAACCGGCCGCGUUCGACAGUUCAACGCUGUGAAUCCCAAGACGACACCACCCUCCUACGGCGAUCGCGACGGGAUCGUACUACUACGACAGGCAACAGGUCCACCUGAGUCCGCCUUUGUUCACCUGGCCUUUCGCACGGAGGAUGGGUUGGACUUCAAGACGAGUAUCAAGUGGAGUUCCACUGAACUUACAAAAAUGGUUGCUUGCAGUGGAGCCACCUGUGAUUUUGCCAACGGCUGGGUGCCAUCCGACCGGACUGAUGCAUGCCCUGCAGGUCAGGUUUGGUCCCUACAGGAGGGUUGCUUGCCGUGCUCUCCAGGGCACUUUGCAUCCCUUGGCAUGAGCCAGUGUGAAGCAUGUGCCCCGGGCCGCUUCAGCAGCACAGACGGUGCAGCUGCGUGCUCACCAUGCACCCCUGGAACAUUUGCAAUGGUCCAACGAUCCUCCAACUGCCAUGAUUGUCCUGAAGGUACCUACUCCGAAUCAGUAGAAGCGACGCAGUGCCGGAGGUGCCCGAUCGGAACCUAUGCACCCUCGAAGGGGCUGCAACAGUGCACAUCUUGUCCUCAAGAUCGGGAGACAGCUUUCGAGGGCGCAACCUCUGAAGAUAUGUGCGUUUGCAGCUUCGGACAACGGCUUGAGGGUGGCAGCUGCAUCUUGUGCGACGUGACUGAGAUUUGUGAUGGCAGCCGCGUCAUUGGCCACAGGCCGAACAACCAGCAGUGGCUGACAACUUUAGAUGUAGCUGGAAGCCAACGAGCACUGAGCCAAAUGAUUGCAAAAGAGUUCUUUUUGAUUGCCUUAAAGAUUGAGAAGGACGACCAGCAGCUUAAUAGCGUCAUGUCUCUAUUCAGCAGUAGAUUGACAGCGAUGAUGAACGGAGAUGAGGGCCUCAACAUCAUAGCUGCACCUGAUCAGGCUGUGACAGCGGCAUUGGGAUUGGUCAUGGACGUUUGGGUUUUGCUGAAGCCUGUCCUCGUUGACCAGACGUCAAAGAUGUUGAAUGCUGCGGACUUGGAUAUCACCACCGCAGGUCAGGUCGCAGAGCAGACCACGGCCUUAAGGACUGCCUCACAGGGUGUGGUGGAUGCUCUGACAGAUGCAGCAUCCAGUGCGGGUGCGCAUUUGAAUGGCUUGCUGGUGGACAUUGCAGGGCGCCAGCGUAUGCUGAUCCAAGAGUUGUGUAAAGAUGCUUUAAUUGUCGCCUUGGGGGCCUCCGUGGUUACCACCAAGGCCUCUUUGCAGCGCGUGGCGACACUCUUCGAAACAACGCACGACAGUCUCAUCUUCGGCAUCACCGCAGUUGGAAUUCCUGAGCUCCGAAAGGUUUGCUCGAUGCAUCAAAUGCAAGAAGUGAGCUACUACUAUCGACAAGUUCGACCAUAUCUCAGGGAGAUCACUAAUGGGCGAACAAGUGUGGAAAGCUCAAUGAUUGCUGUGCGGGUGGCUCCCAGCAUCAACAGCCUGACCACUCCACUAUUUCAAGCUAUGGGGGCUGCGGUGCGGUUAUUUGUCAAUGACACUGGCACCUGUGAGGCGCUUGGAACGAUAAGCGAAAGCUUCUUGGAGUCAUGUUCCUUAUGCUGCUUGCAUUGUUCAUUUCUGUUCCUUGUGUUCCUUGAUUCAAUAUCUGGAGCCUUGUGUUACGAUUCAUGUUAUCGGAAUCGACGAGAGUUACGGGCCGGAUACACAUGAAGUGAGGGAUCAACGCGCACCGAACAUGUGAGGCGAGUUGAUGGCCUUAACCAACGGCUCCUGGGUUGAAUCGGGAGAUUCCCAAAUGGGAAUCCGAAGAAGAAAACAUGCAAUACGCAAUGAUUCCUUGCAAUUCUGAGUGAACUUUGGGGUUCUUUGAAAUUGAUGUUGAUAAUUGUUGAUAUGCGUGUUUGCAUUCAUGGCAUCCAGCCUUGGAACUGGGGGCCCGGGAUGCCGCCCUUCCAGGAAUUGCCGUUGCUCGGCUUGGGCUUGCCGACGCCAUACGUCACUAUAUGCA